AGCCAUGCGGGGCGUUCCGCUCCCCACAGUCGUUCAAGAUGAGUCUCAGCGAGAAGGUGGUGAUCGUGACGGGUGCUAGCAGCGGGAUUGGUGCCGCCAUUGCCCAGGUAUUGGCUCGCGAGGGGGCCCGUCUGGCGCUGGUGGGUCGCAAUGUGGCCAAUCUGGAGGCCACACGCAGGACCCUGCAGCAGCAGGUGAAGGGCGUACGGGCGGAAAUCGUUGCCGCUGACGUGACCAAGGAUGCGGCGCUCAUUGUCCAGCAGACGGUCGCACAGUUCGGGCGCAUCGAUGUGCUGGUGAACAACGCCGGCAUCCUGGGCAAGGGUGGCCUCAUCGAUCUGGACAUCGAGGAGUUUGACUCGGUGCUGAACACAAACCUGCGCGGCGUCGUGCUGCUGACAAAGGCCGUGCUCCCACAUCUGCUGGAGACCAAGGGUGCCGUGGUCAAUGUGAGCAGCUGCGCCGGUCUGCGUCCCUUUGCCGGCGCCCUCAGCUACGGCGUGUCCAAGGCGGCCCUCGAUCAGUUCACCCGCAUUGUGGCCCUCGAGAUGGCACCGCAGGGAGUGCGUGUCAACUCGGUGAAUCCCGGUUUCGUGGUGACCAACAUCCACGAGCGCAUCGGCAUCGUUGAUGAGGAAUACAAGGCCAUGCUGCAGCGUGCCAUUGCGUCCCAUCCCUUGGGCCGUGUCGGCGAUGUGUUCGAGGUGGCCGAGGCGGUGGCCUUCCUGGCCAGCUCCAAGGCCAGCUUCACCACCGGCGCCCUCUUCCCCAUUGACGGCGGCAAGCACAAUCUGACGCCUCGUUAAUCAUCCUCCCUUUGACCACCCAUAAUUAUACUCUUUCGUAUAUUUUUCCAUUUCCUUCAACUUUCCCUUUUCCCUUUCACAAUUUUUGUUUUUUUUUUUUGUGUUCAAUAAAUAAAUAAUAAGCAAGCGAC